UAGGCGGAAAGGGAAGCCUGGUCGCCAUGACAACCACACCCGCCUCCUGUCAGCGCAUUUUUCCUGACAGAUGUUGUAUGGAUACACCAAGGCGUCUUCAGACAGAUGGGUGCAGGCUAUGUGCCCCUUGGCAGGAUUUGCUCAGCCUCCCACCAGGGCUGGCAGUGGGGCCUUCUCUCUCACAGAAGGAACGUUUAGGAUUGUGGUGUGUUGGGGAGGUCCUAAACACUGGAUCACUGCUUCCUCUCGAUAUGCUAAAAUCUGAAGAUGACUCACUGGGUAGUACGGACACCUUUAACCCAGGGUCAGUUCCCCAGGAAGCAAGCAGCAAAUGGCUAAGGUUUGUAAGAAGUGCAAAGCAACAUAAUGUGAGACUGUACCGCUUCAAUGGGGAUUUGUAUCUUCAAAUAAUUAAUUCCAUCCCCCCAGGCUCAGAGCUGCUACUUCAUCAUGAAGAUCACAGAGUUUGUGCUAGACAUUUAGGAGAGACACGGGAUCAUGUAAAGAAAUUAAGUGCUGUAACGGAGGACUCAGGUACUCCUUCCUGCACUAAGGUACAGGAACUUAUAAAGGUGACAGUGUCACCGGAGCAACAGAAAGCCACAGAGUACAUGGCAGUGAAAUCCCAAGAACUCAGUGCACCAGAAACAAUGCAGCCCCACAAAUGUGUAGAGGAAACAACUUCAGGGACCCAGGAAGUGCAAAUCACAGUGGAGCCUCAGGAAGUCACAAUUCCAAUCACAUUUGAGACCCAGGAAGUCUUAGUACCAGCAGCAGAGAUGGGGAAAGAGAAAGACGUAACAAAUCUAAUUGCUGCAGGACCCCACGAAGACCCAGAACCUAAUAUAGAAGAGUCACCUGGGGCAGAGGGAAAUGAGCUGCCACUGGUACCCAAAGAUGUUAAAAUAUUAGUGGGUACGGCAGUGCACAUAAUGUCUAAUGGGACUGGUCAGUCAGCUGCAGCAGAGACUCCAGAGAUAGAGCAGACCUUGGUAGCAGGACAAGAGAAAGCGUUAUUACCCAUCACAACAGCAGCAGAAGGAACUAAGUUGUCCAUCAUUCUGGAUCCUUUUAGGAAUGAAAUAUCAGAGGGAUUGACCCAUAAGCCAUCAUCAGCACAGCUUAAUGAAGCUGCAUGUCAAGUGAUAGAUACUCCAGCUACUGUUGAGAUGAAUGUGGAAAGGGAAGAAUUAGCUGUCAUCCAAAAAGCAGAAAAAGUUAUGCAAUGUACCCCUAACUCAAGGAGUAAAAGCUGUGACUCAAAUCCUGCAACCGCAGGCACACAAAACAUUCAGGAUGGGAAUAAAGAGAAAGGAGAUUGUCUUAGCAAGACAAAUGUUUUAGAAUCCACUGAAGCACACAAACUACCAGCAAGCUGUUCAGAUAGAGAAAUUACCAUUUCACCCAACCAUGUGGAACAGAGGAAAAAGCUGAGAGUUGCUGCUAAACGUACCCAUCCUUCCUCAGCACCUGGGAAAGGGGAGAGGUGCAAGAAUCAAGUUAAAGUCUCUAAGCAGGAGGUGGGGACAAUAAAUGGAACAACUAAACCUUCAAGAACUGCAGUAAAAGAUAAGGUGCUCCAAACCCAGACAGAACGCAGAUUCCAAUGUCCGGAUUGUGGAAAGAGCUUCUUUCAGCUUAGUCAUUUGAAGAGACAUGGUUUCACACACAGUGGGCAAAAGCCAUUCAUGUGCAAAGACUGUGGAAAAGCCUACAGCUCAGAGGAAAGUUUCAAAGCACAUGUUCUUGGCCACCUGGGAUUACGUCCCUUUAAGUGUUCUCUCUGUGAUAAGGCGUAUGGUACUCAGCGUGACCUACGUGAGCAUUCUGUUUUGCACACUGGAUUACAUCCAUUCCGUUGUGAAGACUGUGGCAAAAGUUUUGCCCGUCGACCCACACUCCACAUUCAUCGCAAAAACUACUGUGUGCAUUCUAGGGGUAUCUCCAGGCCACCUCUUCACUGUAGUGUGUGUAACAAAGAGCUGGCUAAUAGCUCUUCGCUGCGCAUCCAUAUGCGAUUGCACACAGGGGAGAGGCCAUACACAUGUCCAGAUUGUGGCAAGGAUUUUCGACACAAAGGUAACUUACAGAUUCACACGAGACUGCACACAGGAGAAAAGCCCUAUAAAUGCCAGUAUUGUGGAGAUGCAUUUCCACAGCGGCCUGACCUAAAGCGACACCUAAUAAUGCACACUGGAGAGAUGCACCUGUGUACUGUCUGCGGCAAGAAGCUUAAAGAUCCUCACACUCUGCGUGCCCAUGAGCAGCUUCAUACGGGCAAUCGCCCUUUUCUGUGCCAGUACUGUGGUAAGUCCUACCCUCUUGCCACCAAACUUAGGCGCCACCUGAAAUCCCACUUGGAGGAGAAGCCUUUCCGUUGCCAGGUAUGUGGAAUGGGUUACACUCUACAACAUAGCCUCAAGCGUCACCUGCAUAGCCACAAAGAGAAGGGACAAAAGUCUGUGACAAGAGACUCAGCCGCAGUAGCAGAGGAGGCAGCAGAAUCUGAGACUACCCUAGUGAUGGUGCAAAUGGUAGAUUCAGAAGGGACUGAAGGCAAUGAAGAAGUUCUAAUUACAGAUUAUACACAGAACUCUAUAAACGCUCCAGCUCUACUGCUUCCCUUGCGCUCAGACAUGCUAGAGAUUACUCCACCUAACCAGGACAAGACCAUCAUUUUUCAUAGGGAGCAGGGUUCCAGCGUGUUACUGGUCCCACAGUCCUUAGGGUUCAGUAUGGUAGCUGAAGUGGUGGAGGUGGAGUCUGGCUCAUGACACAGUUUAACCUUCACACAAAUGGCUGCUUCUAUCUUUUGCGUCUGUUCAUUGUUUACACCUAUUGCUAAAUUAAAGGGACAUUAACAAGUAUUUGAUUUAAUAUAAAGUGUCUAAUUUUGGGUAGUAAAAAUAACAUGGCAGUAUACUUUCAUUAUUUAUUUUGCCCCUAGAUUUGUCAGUUCCACAGAGUUUCUAUAAAGUAAUUGGCCCCACCAUGUUGGAACCUAGGUUUCCCCUUAUCUCUCUUUUUGCUAAGGACAAAGAAUGUAUAUUAAACAGUGAAAACAA